GUUCAGGUGCACUCAUCGAUUCGCACUGUCAUGUCACGUCAGGCAUAAGAAUAGCCUAGCCGGGGUUAUGUUUCCUUGGUCUCUGAGUUGCACAAUAAUCAUGACAAUACAUGUACAUGUAUUUAUAAAAGAAGGCGUUGCGUUCCAUUCCAGCAAUUCCAUCACCAUGAUCACGUGAACGCGAUAGGUCUAUUUUUUCGUGCACAUACUGUCAUGUCACGGGAUGAGUAUGACUCUCGUCUAUGAUGCUUUGUACUUCGCCAUUCAAAGACCUUACACUUGUCUGUUCGUAAUCACGUUAUUAUUUGCCAGCUACUGGUGGAACUUGUGGGGUGUGUUUGACAGUGAAACAAUGUUGACUGACAAAGCAUGUUGUCGUCGGCACCCGCUCGUGUUCGAGCAUUGGGAUCGUCGCUCUCAUCCUAUUCCGUGCUUGCUCUGUUGGUGGUAUUGGACAUGGAUGGAGGCCCAGUCUACUCCUGAAGAGCCUUGGACAGAAGUCACAAGGGAGUGUGGGUGGUGAACUAGUUUAGGCUAUGGCAUCAGGUUGGAUUACAAACUUCAGGGCAUUACCAUCUGUUGUUUUUGGAUUUACAAGGAUGUUUAGCUGCACUCCAAGGCCAGCAGCAGCAGAUGGGCCAACAGAUAUAUAUGGCUUCACAGUGAAGGACAUUGAUAAAAAUGAAGUUUCCCUGUCUAAAUACAAGGGUCACGUGGUUCUCAUUGUCAAUGUGGCUUCUCAGUGAGGCCUAACCAACAAGAACUAUGCUCAGCUACAAGAAUUGCACGCUACAUAUGCUGAGCCAAAGGGUUUGCGGAUCCUGGCUUUUCCUUGCAACCAGUUUGGUGGUCAGGAACCCGGAACAAACCAAGAAAUCAAGGAGUUUGCAGCAAAGAAGGGAGCGCAGUUUGACUUGUUUGAUAAGAUUGAUGUCAACGGUAACAAUGCCUCUCCUCUCUACAAAUUCCUUAAGAAGAAGCAACACGGAACGCUUACUAAUGCAAUUAAAUGGAAUUUUUCUAAGUUUUUAAUUAACAAGAAAGGAGUACCGGUGAAGAGAUUUGGCCCCCAAACUAAUCCCAAGGAUAUAGAGAAAGACAUUGUGAAGGAGCUUGAUAAACCAGAAUAGAUCCUUGAAUGCCAAUUCUCCUUUCACAAAAUCAUCCAAAAUGGUGCAAGAACAGAUGGUGGAUCCACUGCCAAUCAACAGUUCUCAAACAACCUGUGUGGUGUGUGUGAUGGCAUCUACCCUGAAGACAUCCUUCAUUCCAUUAGUCAAAGCUGGACCAUUAUGUACUCCCUUUGAGAUCUGUGAACUCUUUUGCACACUGAGUACAGCAGUGCAACUUUACAAUACAAGUCCUUCAUUAUUCUCUCAUGUAUGGGUAUAACAUAUUUAUCCUCCGCAAAUUUAUAUGCACUAUCAGAAAUUGUUCACAAGUGAAAAUGACCAUACAAGUACAUGUACCAUACAAAAAAUUUGAACUGUCCAAUAUGGGAUAUGGCCCAGAUGAUCAUGUGACAGGACAACAUGGCAUAUCACACCUGCCAUUAGACAUUACAUCUGUAGCCCUGAAUCAGGCAGAAUUUUAUAAUGUACGCUUCCCCAAUGCGGAGAAUAAUGUAGGGACCACUAACCUGCCAAUUCUUAAAGUUUCCUUUGGCGCCCUUAACUUUCCCAUAAAAAAAGACGAUGAAAAACAUCAGGACACAAAUAUUACAAAAUUGUAUUGUUACUGUGGGAUUAACCAGCCGACAUUGAGAAUUCAAGGUUACUUUAUGGUAUAUUAUAGAGAUUUGUUGCCUUCUGUAUAGGGGUCUAUGGCUUUUAUUUGUCCCCACUGGUUUUCAAAACAUCCUCCAUCACAACUGGCAACAAUUGUUUUGUUACACUAUGUCAAUCAGGUGAACUGCUUCACAUUGCACUUCAUUCCACUUAGAUAAUCUUCACCAACAAAACGUUUCGAUGAACAAAUUCAACUGAAUUGAAUCAUUGGUAGGGAGUACAUCUUUUGUCUUGACAUUUCUGACCAACUUUUCCAGAAAGUAAUCUAUUUCAGUUGUGGGUAACAUUUGAAAUGGGGGGGUGGUGUCCACGUCAUGUCUGUGGCAAUUCAAAAUUCUGAACACACACAUUUAUAGAAUGUUCCAUAGUUUUCUUUGAGUAGAUACGCUUCUUCAUGAAAAUCAAAUUUCUGAUGUAUUUUUGAACGAGAGAAAACCUCCUCAUAAAAACCAACCUGCUGUCAUCUGCCAGCAAUAUUGCUUUGAAAUUAUGGCCAAAUUGGUUCACCACCCUUGAAAAUACAAACAUUGCAGUCACUGCAGACAUAGUAUUUCACUGUGCCUCACAGCACGUCAUAUACAUGAACUAAGGAAGUACCAGCAUGGUUGUACAACCUUAUAUCUAAGGUUACAUCAAUACAACGUGGUGGAAAUGACACUUUCAAUCUUUGGAAAGUACAAGGUAAUGUACCCCCUAUGGUACAGUGAUAGCUUGUGUAGCAUGAUGAACAUUGCUGAUGUUCUUUUGAUCCAUUACAUGCAAAUUUAUGGUAUGUACAUGAUAUGAUAUUCCACUCGAAAAGUGUGAUGGUGCCACAGUACAUGUAUGUUAUGAAUAGUAAUAUCAAGGUCUUCAACUGUGCGUAACAUUGUCAAAGUGAUACACAUGUGGAUUUUGGAGUAAUAAUAAAAUUGAUAUUGCGCUUUCUCCAAGACACGCCUGUUCAUAAGCGCAUUAUAUAGUUAAAAACAGUAACUAAAACAGGUUGAAAUGAAGGAAAAAAUGAUGCCCCAAACGACUCUAGAUAAUAUACAAACUUCUCCGGUAAUCUGCAGUGGCUCAAAAUAAAAUCAUCUUUCUGACCCUUCAACAAAUACAAAAAUAUUUUUAUUUGGUCAUAAAAUUGGAUGCCAGCCAAAAUUGUAUAAUUUUGAAUGACUUGAAUUAUUUAUUUGAUGUUCACGUUUUAAAAGUAAGUUCACUUUUAGUACAGGUCAUCAUGUAUAUUUUAGGCACUUGACCAGUACCAAUUCUUUUGUGGUAUUUUAGUAGUUGUAUAUUAGGCAUUGUGAGUUUGUUAGCACCAAGUGAGAUCGGAAUUGGAAACCAGCAAAAUGAGACAAACCCUGGUAUGACAAUGGCUGUAGAUCAGGCUCUAUGAAGGCUGAUUCUGAAACCGUUACCAUGACGGGGGAACCGGCUGGAUCAAUGCGUGCUCGCUGUGAUCUCAGCUAAUCAUAUCACAGGGUUUCUCUCCUUUGAAGUUUCCCUUCCUAAAUCAGUGUUGAAUAAUGACAAAAAAUGUGUGUGAAGUUCCUCUUUCCUGUUGCCAGUGAUAAAAGUUGACAAUCUUUAAAGUACAUGUAUGAGAUUACUUUUUUUGGCAAUAGUUUCUUGCAGUCUUGUUGUUGAGUGAGGCAUAUUAUCUGAUAAUUGCGUGUGUCAAAAUUCUAAUUCUGCACUUGUAGUUUUCAAGUUCCGCAUACUUAUUUGUAAUACUCAGUGCAAGAAAUUCUGGAUUAUUCUGUGUAUUCAUGAUAAAAGCAUUUGCCAAAGACUACAAGAAAGAAAUAUUUUAAAUGAUAUGAAACAGUUGAUUAGAAUGAUUCCUUCAGCAGCAUCAGAAGGAAAAGGCCAGGAAGAAUGUGUAAACAUUCUCGGUUGUAAGCAUCCAGCCAUUCAGAGCUCAUACUGAGAUAACCACUCUCAUGUACUAUGACAGACAUUUUGCCAGCAGUUCAAAAAUUUCAAAGUGAAUUGUUAUAAAAUGUUGACUCUUCAAUCACAUGUAGAAAACUACAUGGUUGGCAUGUGGGACAAGUUAAUGUUUCACAUUUUCCUUUCAAACUUUCCUACUUCAAAAGCCAGUAUUUCUGUCUUGGAAACUACAACGUAUUUCUGGGUUGAAAUGUAUCUUUCAAAUAAAGUAAUUCAGAGGUGGAUCCAGAAUAUUUUCCCUAGGGGAGGGGGUCAGGCUCAUAUCACUUUUUUAAAUGUCUGACUGUCAUGGACGGGCUGAUGCACAUGCUUACUGAUGUACAAGUAACAAUCCUUAUAGGAUGUCAUCUGUUUUAUUGUUACUGGUUUUUCUAUUUUUUUGGGGGGGGUGUUAAACAGAGGACCCUCAACUCCCCCUGGAUCUACGUGUAUGCCUGAAAUUACCAUUGGUCUUUAUUCACAACAUGCAGCUACAUUAUUAAUGAAAUAUGAGCCGAUGAAAUGGCAUAUGAAACAUACAUGUUAAUAUAUUUGUAUUUGCAUUCAAGCAUUUUAAUGAUAACAAGAGAAAGCUCAUGGAAAGAAUGUGAUAAA